AUGUUUGGGAAGAGGAAGAAGAAGGAUCCGGGUCCGAUUGUGGUGCGGUGCGAGACGGGAGUGAAUCAGGCGGCCGAGGUGAUCUACGUGGAUACCAUGCUGGCCGCCGGAUCGGAAGUUAAUGUGCGUCUGAGAAACGGGCCUUGAAUUUAGAGAUUUUGAUGUCAAAAAUGAUACAUAAAUACGUGGUGUAACUGAUACCAAGCCUUUUCUUUCAGUUUGACACUCUGUUCCGUCGACUGAGAAGCCAGAGGGCCAUGCCUUCAAUUCCUCCACUCAAUCGCUUGUGUUCUACAGUUCAUCAAGGUCUUCUUUUCUGCUCAAACUGAAAAUUCACAGUGAAAAGAUUUCAGAGCCGCUCCAACCAACAACAUCCCCCCGAGAUUGGUGCUCAACAUCGAAUCGAUAAUGUUCAAGAAAUAUGUCCAUGGAGCCCGAGCGGUUGGAGGAAAUGUGAACCGGCUGAUGGAAUGA